GGAGCCGGACUUGAUUGGUACUUCGACUAAUACUGGACUUAUUUCCGUGUUCGUCGCAGGUCUAUCGAGUACACCUGACUGAGAAGUAAGGAAUUUACAAAGAGAUUUUUUUCAGCAGAGCAAAUUGCGACUUCUGAGAUAUUAUGCUCUUUAUUCUUGACUUCAGGAGCAUAAAAAGGCGAAAGGGGCAGCUGUCACUGUAAUUUUCACCGUCAUGUCCAAGGAAAGUUCAUCGAGGUUUUCUCGUCGACUGUCCCUAACGCAAAGAUACAGGCUACUGCUGUGUUUUACCAUCGCUGUAAUCAUUGUUUACCACUUUUCAAGACGUCAUCCUGAAGCGAGGAGAAUGAGCCGUGUGCAGGGUUUGAGGGACAACUCCUCGGAGUUCACUCUGGAGGGAAAGCCCUUCCGCGUCCUGGGAGGCUCCAUCCAUUACUUCCGUGUGCCCAGAGCCUACUGGGAGGACCGGCUGCUGAAGCUGAGGGCCUGUGGCCUCAACACUGUGACUACAUAUGUGCCGUGGAACCUGCAUGAGCCUGAGAGAGGAGUGUUCAACUUCCAGGAUCAGCUGGAUUUGGAAGGCUACCUCCGCCUAGCAGCCAGCUUAGGUCUCUGGGUGAUUCUGCGUCCAGGGCCGUACAUCUGUGCUGAGUGGGAUUUAGGGGGGCUGCCCAGUUGGCUCCUGCGGGAUAAAAACAUGAAGCUGAGAACAACCUACCCCGGUUUUACCGAUGCAGUCAACUCCUACUUUGAUCAGCUCAUCAAGAGAGUUGCUCCGCACCAGUACUCCAAAGGCGGCCCAAUCAUAGCAGCUCAAGUGGAGAAUGAAUACGGCGCCUAUGCUCAAGAUUCCCAAUACAUGUCUUUCAUAAAGGAGGCGUUACUGUCUAGGGGCGUCUCAGAGCUGCUGCUGACCUCAGACAACCGGGAAGGACUAAAGCUUGGAGGAGUGAAAGGAGCACUAGAAACCAUCAAUUUUCAGAGGCUGGACCCGGAGGCCAUCAAGUAUCUGGAUAGCAUACAACCUAAGAAGCCUAAGAUGGUUAUGGAGUACUGGUCUGGCUGGUUUGACCUUUGGGGGGAACUUCACCAUGUAUUCACUGCUGACGAUAUGGUGGCUGUGGUGGCUGAAAUCCUCAAACUGGACAUGUCAGUCAACCUCUACAUGUUCCAUGGAGGGACAAACUUCGGCUUCAUGAGUGGGGCGUUUGCUGUUGGAAUACCAGCACCUAAACCAAUGGUAACAAGCUAUGAUUACGAUGCUCCAUUAUCCGAGGCUGGGGAUUACACCACCAAGUACCAUCUUCUGAGGAAUUUAUUCAGACAGUACCGCACUGAGCCUCUCCCUGAAGUGCCCUCUCUUCGGGAAAGGAGAGCGUACCAGCCUGUUGUCAUCCAGCAGCACCUGUCACUGUGGGACAGCCUGCACUUCACUGACAAGCCUUUGAAGUCAGAACAGCCGGUGAACAUGGAGAAUCUCCCUGUCAACAAUAACAACGGUCAGUCGUAUGGUUACACGCUGUACGAGACCGUCAUCACCGGUGGAGGAACGCUCAACUCCAAGAACAACAUCAGAGACCGAGCGCUGGUUUUUGUGGACAAACAUUUUGUCGGUGUUCUGGAUUAUAAGACGCAAGAGCUUCCACUUCUCGAUGGAAAGGGAGAAAGAACUCUGAAUUUACUGGUGGAGAACUGUGGACGAGUGAAUUAUGGGAAAACCCUCAAUGAGCAGCGGAAAGGUCUUGUUGGAGAUAUCGAGUUGAACAAGAAGCCCCUCCGAGACUUCAUCAUUCAUAGUCUGGAUAUGAAGCCAGGCUUUGUAAACAGACUUCACAGCACAGGCCACUGGAGGUCCAUGCGGCAGAAACCUUCCUUCCCCGGGUUUUUCCAGAGCAGACUUUAUGUGGACGGUGUUCCCAGAGACACCUUCAUCAAACUCCCUGGCUGGACCAAAGGCGUUGUCUUCAUCAAUGGGAAGAAUCUGGGACGUUUCUGGUCAAUUGGUCCUCAGCAAACUCUCUAUGUCCCGGCACCCUGGCUUCACAAGGGGAACAACCAGGUCAUAGUGUUUGAAGAGCAAGAAACAGAUGGUAAGAUCCUCUUCGCCAGCAGCCCUGACUAUGGCAUGACCGUUGAUGUCCAGUGACGACCGGAGGUGAGAGCAAGAAAAGAUGGGAGUAUGAUGGGAGAAUAACCGCAGAAGACGGGACUGAGGUGACAGCUGUGAGUUGCAUCCAUUCAUGCCCUGAUCGUCGCCAGGGUUACACGGCACUCACAAGAGACUUACUUCACUGCACAUGACAUUUUGUGUCUUAUCAGAAAACACCAACACAGCAGUGAUCCACACUAAUCAAGCUCCUCACAGCAAUUUUUUAUGUCAUGCCUGCAUUACAAUUUGUGGAACCCCUUUUUUUAAUCCCUUUUUUAAUGGCUUUAUUGAGUUUUGAGGUCAAAAUUCAACUGUCGCCGCCUCACGUAAUAACAUUUUUAAUGUAACAGAAGAAUGUGGACAUUAACCCACACACACAUCUCGCUAAAGACCAAGAGACUGUGACAGAAUAAUGUUGCCGAUUAUAAAGUCAGACUUUUCAUUUAGAAAUUACAUCAAAGUUGUGUGAAAAGAACUCUGAAUAAAGACUGGUUUUACCUCUUUGUGCAUUCCCAAGGCUAUGGAACCAUAUGAACUGCUUCAUUUAUCCUGCACACUGAGAGUCUGAUAUACAGUAACACUGACUGCUUUUCAAAUUUACCUUCUUAUGAUAUGCUGGUGAGCUUGUGCAGAGAAGUCAACAUCAUAGAACAUAUUUGAGGCCUAUUUUUUGAGUCUAUCUGUUCUCUGCGGUGCACGUGACGGAUUUGGAUAUCACUGCAAUUCCCUCCUGUAAAGAUAUGCACUCAGAGUGUGAUGUAACUGUGAAAACUAAUCGGUGUGA